CACUCUCGUUCAUCCACUCGUCCAUUCUUUCAUUAUGAAGUUCAGUCUCUCUACUCUGGCGCUGGCUGGUCUAGCUGCCUCUACUCCCCUUGGUCUGCAGGAGCGACAGCUCUCCGGUGGCAAUGAACUCCGCGAUGGAUCCUGCAAGCCCAUUACUUUCAUUUUCGCCCGUGCCUCCACCGAGCCCGGUCUGAUGGGAAUCUCAACCGGCCCAGCCGUCUGCAGCGACCUCAAGAAGGCCAAAGCAGGCCAAGUCGCGUGUCAAGGUGUGGGGCCCAAAUACACCGCAGACCUGAUGUCCAACGCGUUGCCCGAAAACACCUCCCCGGCUGCCAUCGAGGAAGCCGUCGGGCUCUUCAAGCAAGCGGCAUCCAAGUGCCCGGACACGCAGAUCGUCGCGGGCGGAUACAGCCAAGGCACGGCCGUCAUGGACGACUCGAUCAAGAAGCUCCCCGACGACGUCAAGGACAAGAUCAAGGGCGUGGUGCUCUUCGGAUACACCCGUAACGCCCAGGAACAUGGGCAGAUCGCCGACUUCCCUAAGGACAAGGUCAAGGUGUACUGUGCCGCGGGUGACAUGGUCUGCGAUGGGACGUUGAUCGUCGGACCUGCCCAUUUCACGUAUAUCGCGAACACUGGGGAGGCGAGUAAGUGGCUCGAGGGUAAGUUGGACUCGUCGAGCUCCAGCUCGUCUUCCUCGGGCUCGUCCGGCUCGUCGACUUCGUCCAGCACCGGUGCUUCGUCUUCCCAGUCUGCGUCUUCUUCGGGAUCCGGCUCCGGCUCGUCCGGAUCCUCUGGCCUGGGUGGUUUGGGAUCCUUGUUCGGCGGUGGCUCUUCCGGAUCUAGCGACGAUUCUUCUUCGUCUUCGGGCUCUUCCGGUGGUCUGGGCUCUUUAUUCGGCAUGUAAAUGGCCUUACAGGAACUAGGUGUGUGAGCACUGACCUGGGGAUUGAGAGAUGGUUGAGUCGACAUGGUGGUUAGAGUUGUGGAGUGGUAUAUUUAUGGCUUUAUGGUUAGAUGGUUUUGUUUCUUCACGGUGUCUGGUUAGUUAGACUUUUUUGGCUUUUUUGAUUUAGUUGAGUAGAGUGA